AUGUCUGAACAACAGGAAACAACAAGCGUAUUCAACAAGGAUGUGGAUUCAAUUCUAUCUCAACAUGAAAAAGACAAAAAUGAUCAAGGAGUAGGAGGAUCGAAUAGAGGUAGAGGAAAAGGGAAGUCCAAUCAAGGUAGAGGCAGAGGCGGAAGACGAGGAAGAGGAGGCACCACAACAGCUCGCCAGACAAGAAGUGUUGUAAAAGGAAAAAUUAGAGAACCGGUAGAAGUAUCUGCAGGAGAAGAACAAGAAGAAGAAGGAAGUGAAUUGACUGAAAGUAGUGAUGAUAGAGAAAAAGAGGUUGAAGGAGAAGCGGAGGAGGUAAAGGAGAAAACUUACGAGGAAGAUGAUGUAGAUGAGGAUACCAUCUCAUUAGAAGACAAAGCAGCGUUUGUGAAAGAAAACACUCAUAUCAAAAGAGAACAUGAACGUUAUAUCGAAGAGUUGACUAGACAGUACAGAAAAGGAAAUACGGGACGCCAUGAGAUUCUAGAGCGGUCGUAUUUGAAAUGGUGUGAAAGAUUCGGAUCAGAACCUAGAUCAAUCAAGAUGUUAGCCAUAUCGAGUGAUGAGGAAGAUGAAGAAGAAGCGUGUGCCGGAAAAAGGAAAGCUAAAGAUAAAUCUUCAGACAAACCAGCUAAAGUCGGGAAGAAAAUGGAGACCGGAAGAAUUUUAACUCACAAAUUAAUUGAUUUAGCACCUUAUUGGGAUAGUAAAAUGAAGGCCUGUUUUGGUUAUGUUCCUCUCACAAUCUUUGUACCUGCCUGGCUUUUGGAAGACAAGAAUCAUAUGUCGAACCGCAGGAAGCAGAGCUCAUCUUGCUCGGACGUGGUAGCGUACGUUGGGUUAAAGGUGCCGAGUGAAUGGCAACAGAGUUUCCUAAUGUGGUCAACAUCAUUCAAUUUAUACGUGCAAUACUGGAGAUUGAAGUAUGGAAGAGAAGAUAUUGCUAGUCGGCUAGAAGAGCAUUAUAAGAUAGUGCUAUCCAUAAAAGCAAAAUGUCAUGAAGCCUUCGCACCGGCACUUAGAUACGAUAUCACUCACCGAACAAAUCUCCUAGCGGCAGAAGUCAGUCUCACGCUCAAAACGGCCAGUUCUUCAAUGAAAGCAAUCACACUCACAGACAAUUCCACCACGAUUACGCGGAAAUGA